GUUGCUUGAGGACCCGUAUAUAUAGACUGCAAUGGAUGCUAUCUCCCUUGUUUACGGAGUGGUCGUUGCAAUUGGUGGCCUAGUUGGGUAUGCGAAAGCAGGCAGCAUCAUGUCUCUGCUGUUUGGAGUGGUUUUUGGAGGUACUGCGGCAUGGGCAGCAGUGAAGCUCCCUGACAAGCCAAUCAUUGUCUUGUCUGUAUCAACUGUACUCACACUCUUCAUGGGGUUGAGAUUUCUCAGAUCGUUCAAAUUCAUGCCAGCAGGACUUGUAGCAACUCUCAGUUUGCUACAAGUUGUGCGACUCGGUUGGCAGUAUGUGAAAUGAGAGCGUGUUAUCAUGCAACAAGAAGAACAAACAUUAGAACAAUGCUGGUUAUUGUGCUAACAAUGAAAUCUAAAUUCAAACAGCAAGACAAUCACUUAGAGUACUACAGCAACACAAACAGAGCCCAAUGCUUUGCAGCUAGACAAAGAACCACUCAUGUGACUGUUAGUUUUGCUCUUCAAGUCCAAGUUGCUUGCAACAG